ACCACAUUUUUACAACAGCACCACACACCCGGCCGGAGAGUGAGGAAACUCCCCAGCGGAGUAUUUAACUAUAGAGGUUUCCUUCAGACCGGUAUUUGAUCAAAUAGCUUAUGUUUGUUCGCUAAAUGAAGACCGAGACAAAAGCCCGAAGACCCACACAGGUUGCCCGCAUCCCCCCAGACUCCUGCGUGGCCCUCCAGACGAGCGCAGCUUGCCACAAAGCGGCGGUACCUCCGGUUUAGUGAACAUAAUCCUGUUGCUGAUAUUGUGGGUUCAACAUUUUGUUGGUUUAAACGCUUCCUAUGACUUCUGGUUAUUAUUUUCAGUGCAAAUAGUUAGUGAAAGACUGCCAAUUGUCGGUUUUGAAUUCCUAAGGUCGUUUAUAUUGCAGUUUGUUUCCGUAGCCUAAAGAGGCACGAGAGAUCACAAAGGUGGCUAAUGUUAGCGACUAGCUCGCGACACAAACGAGUUCCAUCUCCGUACGUACCUUCGAGAGGUCAUUCGGUGUGCUUACACGGGACUACUCGCAUUAAGCAGCAGAACACAGAUUCGUAACGAGGAACCAAUUACUAUUUGCCUAGUUAGUUGGCAAUCUUGCUGGACAGGCCAGCUUCCUUGUAUCAAAUAACAAAUGGGCUAGUGUUAGCUAACGCUGACUGGGCUGCUUUAAUAUUGUCGCACAAGUAAGGAAAUUAAAACGUUCAUUUACUUUCGUAGUUUGUUAUUUUAGAUUAUCCGUAUGAUGGCAUUUUAAUGAAAAUAUACUAAGUUAACAAUCAAGGAAGAACUUUCGCUAUUAUAUUUGUAUGUAUCAAUCACAUUUUAGUUUGAUUUGAAUCGCUGAGAGCCAACGAAAAGGACUGGAGUUGGGAUAUCAAUUGACGAUCGGAAUUAAUUCUGUCCCUGGUUUUAACCGGAUUUUUGGCCUCUGGAUCGACGUGGGAGCAGCGGGAUUUCGACGUCCACUCUUAUCUGUCACUGUCGAUAUUUCCUCUCCCUCCUCCCCCACAACCGUUCCCCGUUUCUCUCUCCGAUGCGGAUUGUUGAGUAGCACCGGCAACCAAAUCAAUACGGCAGCCGGACAUGCUGAAGUGUAUCCCUUUGUGGCGCUGUAACCGCCACGUCGAGUCGGUGGACAAGCGACAUUGCAAUUUGCAAAAUGUCCCUGACGAGAUAUUCCGCUACAGCCGCAGUCUGGAAGAGCUUCUCCUCGACGCCAACCAACUCAGAGAUUUACCCAAGCCUUUCUUUAGACUUCUGAACCUGCGGAAGCUGGGCCUGAGUGACAAUGAGAUCCAGAGGCUCCCUCCUGAGGUGGCCAACUUCAUGCAGCUGGUGGAGCUCGACAUCUCCAGAAACGACAUUCCUGAGAUCCCCGAGAGCAUUAAGUUCUGCAAGGCGUUGGAGAUUGCAGACUUCAGUGGAAACCCCCUCUCCAGGUUGCCUGAUGGUUUCACUCAGCUGCGAGGGCUCGCCCACCUGGCCCUCAACGACGUGUCACUGCAGACACUGCCCAACGACAUAGGAAACCUGGCCAACCUGGUGACGCUGGAGCUCAGGGAGAACCUGCUCAAGUCCCUGCCCACGUCGCUCUCUUUUCUGGUGAAACUGGAACAGCUGGACCUGGGCAGCAAUGAACUGGAAGUGUUGCCAGACACACUUGGUGCUCUCCCUAAGCUACGGGAGCUGUGGUUGGACCGUAACCAGCUCUCCUCAUUGCCACCAGAGCUGGGGAACCUGCGGAGGCUGGUGUGUCUAGACAUGUCAGAGAACCGCUUGGAGGAGUUGCCCUCGGAGCUGAGCGGCCUGCUGGCCCUCACUGACCUGCUGCUCACACAAAACCUCCUGGAGGUGGUCCCUGACAGCAUUGGCUCUCUGAAGCAGCUGUCCAUCUUGAAAGUGGACCAGAACCGACUGACCCACCUGAGCGACUCCAUAGGGGAGUGUGAGAACCUGACGGAACUCGUGCUGACCGAGAACCUCUUACAGACUCUGCCUCGCUCGCUGGGCAAGCUGAAGAAGCUGACCAAUCUGAAUGCGGACCGCAACCGACUGGGCGGCGUGCCCGAUGAGCUGGGCGGCUGCGCCAGCCUCAACGUGCUCUCCCUCAGGGACAACCGUGUGGCCAAGCUGCCUGCCCAGCUGGCCGACGCCACCGAGCUCCACGUGCUAGACGUGGCAGGGAACAGGUUACAGAACCUCCCGUUUGCCCUGGCCAAUCUCAACCUGAAGGCCAUGUGGCUGGCAGAGAACCAGUCCCAGCCCAUGCUCAAGUUCCAGACGGAGGAUGAGGAGAGCACCGGGGAGAAGGUGCUCACCUGCUACCUGCUACCCCAGCAGCCUUCCUCUAGCCUGGAGAACCUGCUCCAGAACAGUGUGGACGACAGCUGGACAGACAGCAACCUGAACCGCGUGUCUGUCAUCCAGUUCCAGGAGGAGACCACCAAGCAGGAGGCGGAGGAUGACGAGGCGGCCGCGGAGCGCAGGGGUCUCCAGCGGCGGGCGACACCACACCACAGUGAGCUGAAGGUGAUGAAGAAAGGGAUUGAGGAGAGGAGGAACGAGGCCUACACUUCCAGAGCGGAUGGAGAGACUGAGUCCCCUGGUGCUGAGGAGAAGCGGCUGAGUGAUCUGUCCAAUCAGAGCCACGACUCUGCGGCGUCCAACAGUACGGCCUCGGCCAACUCCCACGAAGAGAGGCGGGGCCUGAUGACCACAGACCUGGUGGGUGGGCGUGGGCCCCAGGAGGUGGAAGCGCUAGAUGAGAUGGAGGUGGAGUACAUAGAGCCCACGGUGCACUUUGCAGAGGAGCCCAUGUACCGGGGUGGGGACGAGAAUGGUGACGACGAUGAGGAGGGUGAGGAUGGGGUCCCACACAGCUACGAAGAGGAACAACAGAGGCCCCAGUUCCCUACGGAGAAGCAGCGUCUGAUCAGGAAGGACACGCCGCACUACAAGAAGCACUUCAAGAUCACCAAGCUGCCAAAACCCGAGGCGGUGGCCGCGUUACUGCAGGGCUUCAGCCCCGACGCUCACCUGGCCCAACACCCAGCCUCGCACCACACUGCCCCCGAGGAGGAUGAGGAGGAGGAGGAAGAGGAGGAAGGGGAUGAGUGUAUGGUAACUCCACAGCGCCACAACAGGAUAGAAGAGCCAGAGCUGGAGGAUAGGAGUCUGCUUCAUGCCAACUCCUCCCUGCAGCCGGUCAAGGGGGUGUCAUUUGAUCAAGUCAAUAAUCUGCUGAUUGAGCCUGCUCGAAUUGAGGAGGAAGAGCACAACCUGACCAUUCUACGGCAAACUGGGGGUCUGGGCAUCAGCAUAGCCGGAGGAAAGGGAUCCACACCCUACAAAGGGGAUGAUGAGGGCAUCUUCAUCUCCAGGGUGUCUGAGGACGGACCUGCAGCCCGGGCUGGGGUCAAAGUGGGAGACAAACUUCUCCAGGUGAACGGCGUGGCCCUCCAGGGUGCUGAGCACCACACGGCGGUGGAAGCCCUGCGCAGCUCUGGCACCGCCGUCUCCAUGAGCGUCAUCCGGGAGCACAUGGUGGAGCCGGAGAAUGCCAUCACCACCACACCGCUGAGACCCGAGGACGACUACUUCCCCCGGGAGAGACGGGCCAGCGGGCUGCCCUUCUGCAUGGAAGCCAGCUCCCCCGCAGGCCCCCGACACAGGCGGUCUACCUGCCUGGUCCGCAACGACAAGGGCCUGGGCUUCAGCAUCGCCGGGGGCAAGGGUUCCACAGCCUACCGCACGGGGGACUUGGGGAUCUACAUCUCCCGAAUCGCAGAGGGAGGGGCGGCCCACCGAGACAGCACGCUCCGCGUCGGGGACAGGGUCAUCACGAUCAAUGGUGUAGACAUGACAGAGGCCAGGCAUGACCAGGCAGUAGCGCUGCUUACCGGCACCUCCCCCACCAUCGCCCUCCUGGUGGAGCGCGACCAGGCCGAGCCGGGCUCCCCGGGCCUGUCCCGCGCCCGCGCCCACUCCCCCCCGCCCCCAGAGCCCUCCGACUCGCCCGAUCAGGAGGAGGGCAACGACGACUCGCCCCACGGGACCCACCUGAGCCGGCCGCUGCAGGACGAGUACCCCAUCGAGGAAGUGAUGUUGGUGAAGGCGGGCGGCCCUCUGGGACUGAGCAUCGUGGGAGGCAGCGACCAUGCCAGUCAUCCGUUCGGCGUCAGCGAGCCUGGUGUCUUCAUCUCGAAGGUGAUCCCGCAUGGCUUGGCGUGUCAGAGUGGGCUGCGGGUCGGGGACAGGAUACUGGAGGUGAACACCAUCGACCUGCGCCACGCCACCCACCAGGAGGCGGUGAAAGCCCUGCUCUCCAACAAACAGGAGAUCCGCAUGCUGGUGCGCAGAGACCCCUCACCGCCGGGGAUGCAGGAGAUAGUGAUCCAGAAGCAGACAGGAGAGAAGCUGGGCAUCAGCAUACGUGGCGGUGCCAAAGGCCACGCUGGCAACCCUUUCGACGCCACCGAUGAGGGCAUCUUCAUAUCCAAGGUGAGCUCCAGUGGUGCAGCGGCCAGAGACGGCCGUCUGCUGGUGGGCAUGCGGAUCCUGGAGGUGAGCAACCACAGCCUGCUGGGCAUGACCCACACGGAGGCCGUGCGCGUGCUCCGCGCCGUGGGAGACACCCUGUUCAUGCUGGUGUGUGACGGCUUCGACCCAGGCAACGCUGCCGCCAUAGAGGCAUCGCCGGGCAUCAUUGCCAACCCGUUUGCGGCGGGCAUCGUGCGUAAGAACAGCAUGGAGAGCAUCUCCUCUAUAGACCGAGACCUGAGUCCGGAGGAGAUGGACAUCCUACAGAAGGAGGUGGAGAUGGUGCGAGAGACGUCCCAGUGGGAGAGAGAAGAGGUGGAGCGCAUGCGCUUGGAGCGUGAGGAGGCUACUCGCCUGCUAGAAGAGGAGACCGAGAACCUGGGCACUGGACCUCUGAAUCUGGACUACCGGACGCUGGCUGCACUGCCCACCACCGCUCUGCAGAAGGUCAACAGGGCACCCUCCACUGAGCCCCCCAGGACAGACAGUCCCAUUAGAGAUGCCCCCUAUUCACCGAGCACACAACCGGCAAGCAUUCAUUUCCCCCCCACUGCACUGCCUGCCAAGAAUAACUCGCCAUUGAGUCCCUAUGAGACGAGGCCGGGUUCCAUCCAGCCACUCUCCCGUGGUGGCGGGCGGCCAAGCACCUCGCCAGGCACUCCGGACGGGCACAGCAGAGACGGGCACAGCAGUCCCAACCCCUUCCAGCAUGGCCCCUCCCCCAUCAACUCCCAGACCUCUCUGCAGCCUCGUGCCCCCUCCCCUGACACAAUCGAUGAGUUCUCCCUGAACCCCAAGCAGGCAUACAAGGCGUUUGCCGCCGUGCCUCACUCGCUGGCCAUGCUGGAGCCACCGCUGCAGGACCUGUAUGGCCAGAGGAACAACAUCCACUCCAACCUGCCUUCUCCUUCUCUAGAGCCUGAGCUGAACAACGAGGUGUUUGAGGAUGAGGUAGAGGGGGACGGGGGAAUAGGUGGAGGUCUGGCAGCCCACGUCUCUCCCCGACCCUCCCUCUCCUCUGACCGUCGGGACUAUAUGAGUCUGGCGGCAGUGCCACGCCUCUCCAGAGCCUCAAUGGACAUGGUCGUAAAGACUCCAUCUCCUGGGGGCAGAGACAGCCCAGAGCAGCGCUCCUUCAGGGACAGACAGAAGUACUUUGAGAUCGACAUGAAGCAGCAGACGCCCGACAGCAAGCCCAAAGGCCGUGUGUCCCUGGUGGGAGCAGAUGACCUGAAGAAGAUGAGGGAGGAGGAAGAGAGGAGAUUCGAGCAGCGGGCGCGGGAGUACCUGAUGGAUGACGAUGAUGAGGAGGAGGACGACCUGGCGACGCAGAUGGGAGUGUUGAAGGCCACGGGCAAGGUGUUGCUGGAUGGGGUGGAGUACAAGGUGGAGCCUGUGGCCACGCCCCCCAGGCACUAUAACACGCCCCCCAGCUACAGCGCCACGCCCCCUAGCUACUGUGGCAGCUCAGGGCCCUCGUCAGUGGAUGGUAAAGGAGACUCCCAGAGGAAUUCCUUAGAGGAGAGCUUCAGGUUGGAUCAGCAGCGGCCCAACUCCAUGACUGGUCUGAUCCCAGUGUACCCUGGAGAGUCGGGGGCUCCCAUCCGGACGGCCAAGGCAGAACGGAGGCAACAGGAGCGGCUGAGGAUGCAGAGUCCAGAGCUGGCCCCGGCCGGAGACAAAGACCUGUCCCCCGCCGAGAAACGGGCUCUGGAGGCCGAGAAGAGAGCCAUGUGGAGGGCAGCAAGGAUGAAGUCUCUGGAGCAGGAUGCUCUGAAGGCUCAGAUGGUCAUUGCUAAGUCUCGGGAGGGAAAGAAGCGUGGCACACUAGACCAGCUGGCCAAGUCCCCCUCGCCCGCCCCCACGCCAUCCCCCACCCCUCUGGAAGAUUUCAGUCCCAGAGGAGUGACGUCACCAGGCAGACUGUCCCUGUCGGAAAAGAAGUUUGACUACCGACAGUUUGCUGCCAUUCCUUCUUCCAAACCCGUAUACGACAUCCAGUCCCCUGACACGGUCGACGACUUUCAGUUCAUUGACGAUGGCUCCAGUAACCCUGUGCCCGCUGAGGUCCCCACUGCCACCUCAACGCUGGAGGAGAUGGCCCUCUACAGAAACAAGCGCAAGCUGAGGCAGGGCCGCCGCAGCCUGGAGACCGCCGUGCCCACAUAACACCUCACACACCUACCGCAGGAGACUCGGGUGUGACACACACACACACACACAGGUGGCGCUGAGUCACUAUACACUACACACACUCACAAGUUUGGGAGAUGCUUCCCAUGUAACCACUGCAGAGACUAUGAUGCUGAUAAUCAACAAACACACCAUGUCAUGUCCUGCGUGCCAGUCUUGCCUUGACAGUCUGAGGAUGAGUUGGCAUCAACACAAGGCCCAACGUUCCCGAUACCAGGGAGGAGGAGGGCCUGUGAGGCUAGCAUUUCGUUUCAACGUUUUCCUUUUAAUUUGGGUUAUUUUUCUUCAGUUUGCGUUUUAGAAGCUGAAUUAUAUUAACAGGCGAUUUAUGUUUUUAUUUUUGCGCCUCUGAUUUUUUUGCCGUUUUAAAAGAAAAAUGUGUUCUGGAAGAGCAAAGGAGAAAAAAAAUGAAAUGUGUAGCUGUAAUACUAACUUUUCAGAUGCUAUUUUGGAGGUUUUCAGUGAAUAGAUUGUGAAAUGUCAGGGUUUUUAAUGGGCUUUGGGGAGGGGGAGUGUAUAUAUUGUAGGAGGUGGGAACAUACUGCUACCUUCACUGCCACGUGUGCAAUGCAUUUUAAACACUACGUACCUAUCUCGAUUGCACUGCCGCACUGCUCAGAAAACAUUUUAAUCUUUUUAAAUAAUUUAUUUUGCUUGCGUUUUAUUACUCUAAUCUGAAGCCUCCCCUGUAUUACAUUGUUGUUAAUCCCUGUACAACCAAACAAUGGCGCAGUGCAUAGCGUUUUAUUUAUCCUAAUGACAUCAAAGCAUAUGGUAUCAUAUUCAUAAUCUUAUGAGGCAACCGCCUUUUUUUUAAAUCAUCCUCAACCCGCUUCUUUUUUUUUUUCUCUGGGCCAAUGAAUACAUUUGUUUUCACUUUGUUGCUGCACCGGCCUAAACCAGGUUUUGACUGAUGAAACGUCCCUAAUGUAGCAUGGUACAUGUACGGGCUGUCACAUACUCUUGUAGGGAAACUGAUCUCAGUGGACCAGUGUAAAGGAGCUGUCCUCGACCAGGUUUAUGAGUCUGUCAGAAUCCCAUUCUAGAGAAUGUAACUACACUGGAGAGACCAGCAGACAUGCAUAUAUUGACGGAAAUCUGAUGCGCCUCUAGUCCUAAUUCAAAAUGCCUGUCAAUUUGUGAACAUAAACUCAGUAUCAGCUUCAUCUCCAUUGACAUUAUACGGUACUUUCCCAGCCCUUUUUGGGGACAUAAUUUGUCAAUGUGAAUCUCACUCAUAUCUUUCAUAUCUGAAUGGUAUUCCAGAUUUGGCAGGUGAAGGUAGCAGGUGUUUGCUUAUUUUUGUAUCUGUCUUUGGUUAAUUUAAAUCUGACGCCACUGAAAAUCCUUUAUCAUUGUGUGAAUAAUGUACAAAAUACUAAAAGGAAAGCAAAACUUAACGGUCGGAACUGAGCCAGUCUACGAAGCCACGACCAAGCAAGUGUCUGGACUGGGGAGCUCUCACUCUUGCUCUCUCGCCUUUGCUCUUUUUUUUCUCUCACUCUUUUUCUCUCGCUCUCUCUGCAUGUAUAUUGGCUUUACUGUGAGAACCUGUAGAGGCAGAAAACAUUUUGUUAAUCUCUCUCAAUCUCAUUCGACCAUCAUUCUCAAUCUUUCUCCUCUGCUUUACCUGCUGCUGUCAGUGGAUGUUAUCUGAUUGCAGCAUUGUUGGAGAAGAGCGUUUUAAUCAUAGCUUUCUGUGUUGCUCUCCCUGACUGAAAUUCAGUUAGGUUGAUAACAUUUGCAAAUGGCUGAUUUUCUUAGUAGGUAAAACUUUCCAGACAAUGGGAUUCACUACAUUUAAGGCAGAACUGUUUGAUCUUUUUUUGGUUAUCUCUUCCUGAAUUCUCUUGGGGCUGUUGUUUUUCCAAAUGGGUCAGAGGAGAAGGGCAGAAGUGCUGGGGUCAAGGGUUAGAGCUCAUCCAAGACUGUAACUAGUGAAUUUGUACAACCAAAGAAGUCUAUUUUGUCGUUCAGGAACAAUAAAAUUUACUUUUCAUUUAACAAGCUGA